AUGGUGCGCUGCGGUGCGGCCGCGCUGCUCGCCGCGCUGCUCGGCGUCUGCGUCUGGACCGACGAGACCGGGAAAGUUAUCUCGGACCGGUUCGCCGUCUACUGGAACCGGAGCAAUCCCAGGUUCCACCGUGGGGACUACACGGUGGAGGUGAGCAUCAACGACUACCUGGACAUCUACUGCCCACACUACGAGGAGCCGCUGCCGGAGCGGAUGGAGAGGUACAUCCUCUACAUGGUCAACUACGAGGGCCACGCGUCCUGCGACCACCGGCAGCGCGGCUUCAAGCGCUGGGAGUGCAACCGCCCCGACUCCCCCAACGGGCCCCUCAAGUUCUCCGAGAAGUUCCAGCUCUUCACCCCCUUCUCGCUGGGAUUCGAGUUCCGACCCGGCCACGAGUACUACUACAUCUCCGCGUCCCCCCCGAACACGGUGGACAGGCCCUGCCUGAAGCUGAAGGUUUAUGUUCGGCCAACAAACGAUUCCCUCUACGAAUCCCCGGAGCCCAUUUUCACCAGCAACAACUCCUGCUGCAGCCUCAGGGUGCCGCCGGCGGCGCUGGCGGUGGUGCCGGUCGUCUGGACGCUCCUGGUCUCGUAGCACCGACACCGAAACACCGGGAGCGGCUCCGCGGGGCGGGAGCGGCCCGGGCACGGAUCCCGCCCGGCCCGAAUCGCCUGGAUGGUGCCCAGGGAGGGUCGGUGCUGCCGACGAGGAUCCUGUCACCGCCUGAAGUCCCCGCUGUAGCGCUGCCGUCCCGCGGGGCUGGCCCGGGAGAUGGAUCCCGAUUUCCAUCCCUGCCCUGCAGCUCCGGCUGUCCCGGUGGGGCGUUGCUUUUUACAUUUCUAGACCAAAUACAGAGUCCUCGUCCGUUCGGGUUUUUUUCUUUUCUUUCUUUGUUUUUUUUUUUUUUUUUUUUUUUUGGUUUGGUUUGUUUUUUUAUUUUUUUUUUGUGGUUUGUUUGGGUUUUUCUUUUUGUUUUUUUUAAGAAAAAAUAUUUUUAUUUUUAUUUUUAUUUGUUGAGUUAUUCCUGUCGGGUCCUCCUGGUGCCAGACUGACCCGCACCAGCCAGGCUCGGUUCCCUGAGGAGCCCCCAUUGUCCCCUCCGUGGGCAGAGCCACCGGACACAGCGAUGGUGCCACCGGCUCCGUGGGCACGGACUCCUUCCCAGCCCGGCUGCAGGACGUCACGGAGCCGGACCUGCCACCCACGGCCACCCCCUGCCCCAGGCACGGGGGGCCUGGAUGGACACAACCCCCCUCUGAGCGCCCAGGGCUUCACCCUGUCCCCUCAACUCGUGCCACGGAUGUCACCGUGGAUGUGACGGAUGUCAUCGCCCUCCCCGUGGGACACCGGGGUGGCUCCGUGAGCAGCAAAGGAAACUGGAUGCAGCCAAGGAGAGCACUGGGGACAGCUGGCAUGGGGACACUGGGAUGUCCAGCAUGGAGAGCACCAGCAUGGCUGGCAUGGAGAACAUCAGGACGUCCAGCAUAGGGACAGCAGGGGGAUGUCACCCGUGGAGAGCACUGGAAUGUCCCCCAUGGAGAGCACUGAGGAUGACCAGCAUGGAGAGCACUGGGAUGUCCAGCACAGAGAGCACCGGGAUGUCCCCCAUGGAGAGCCCUGAGGAUGGCCAGUACUGGGAGAGCAGGCAGUGGCCAGCAUGGAGAGCACCAGGCACAGGGAGCAGCAGGAAUGGCCAGCACUGGGAGCACCGAGUGGCCACGGGCAUGGAGAGCACCGGGGACGGCUGGCACUGAAGACGACUGGCACUGGGAACACUGGGAGCACUGGGAAGGGCUGGCACUGCCAAUGGCCAGCACUGGGGACAGCGGGAAUGGCCGGGUGGCACGGGGAGCACCGCCGGGCGCUGGGAGCCGGCAGGCCGGGCUCGCCCAGCCGUGGGCAUCGCUCCGAGGGCGUUUGGCCAGCGCUGGGGCAGGAGGAGCGUGUGCCAUGGAUUUUCCUCCUCCGCCCUGCUCCGUGUUCCCCCGAUGCUUUGGGGGUACAGGAGCCCCCCUGGGGGGCCGGUGGCCUCGUGCGGGGCCUUCCUGGUGCUCCCCCAUCGUCCCCUGACAUUCCAGGCCUGGGCUUGGGGAUUUUUCCCUUUUCCUUUGCAUUAAUAAGUGACCCCCCCCCCCCACCCGCCAAACCCCGAAUCCGAGGGGUGACCCCAGGGGUGGCACAUCCCCAGGGAGGGGUCACCCUGCAGCCCCAGGGUCUGACCCCUCCUCGCCUUAAAUCUGGGGCUGUCCCACCUUAGGGGGGUCUUGUGCCCGUCCCGCAGAACCCAGGGGUGGUCGGAUGGUCCCGGGGGAUGCCAGAGAUGGGCUCAGGCCUGGCUGGAGCCCCCCCAGUUCCGAGCAGAUCCCGGCCCUUCCUGCAGUGGGGGCCGGGGGGGGCUCUGUCCCUGUACAUACAGCGCUAUACUGUGAGCGUUUUUUUUAUGUAUUGUUGAGAAUGGAUUUUAUGGAAGGGUUUAUCUUAUUUUUAUUUUAUUUUUAUUUUUUAGACUAGGAAGCUGGAAUCUUGCAAUAAGCUCAUCUCGACCAUCCAAAAAAAAAAAAAAAAAAAAACAAAACCAAAAAAACGGAAAAAAAAUUAAAAAAAAAAAGAAAACAGCAAAAAACCCCCAUAAUUAAAAAAAAAAAAAAAAAAAAGUACAUUCC